CUGCCAUACACUACUGUCAUUGGGCAGGGCAGGACAGGACAGGAUAGGGCACACUCGUUUCAAGUUAGUAGGGGAAAUAUAGGUUUCCCUGUGCGGAAUAAAUAACUAAUUUGUAGUAAAGCUUUUUAUUCAUCAUGGGUUCGGGGGAAAGUACGACCAGAAAAGUGUCUUUUGGUGUGGACGACGAGGAGAGAGUCAGGAUUCUUCGUGGAGUCAAGCUUUCAGAAGAUGUCCUCCAGAGGAUGAGGGGAGUGGCCAACAUGCCUCCACCACGUGCACCACCAUCCACAAGCUCCCAAACAGACAUAGGUACCUCUUUCAGUGCCAACUCCAGCAACCGAUCCCAACAGAACUCACAGCAGCGGGCCCAGUCAAGCACCCAGUCCAAAACUAGCAAAACAACUGCAAAAGUCAAAGAGGCACAGAGGAAGUCUGAACACCAGCAGAGUAUACUGAGGGAGAUGGAGACAGGGAAGGAGGAGAUGAUUAAAGCAAUGAGCAGGGAGAGAAAACAAACACGCCAGGAAGCUGAGAAGGCCAAACAGUUGGUUCAGGAGCUACAGAAGAAAGAAUUACAGCUGAAAGCACUGGAUGCAUUCUACAAGGAGCAGGUGGCGCUCCUGGAGAAGAGGAACAUGGAAAUGUAUGAACAGAGUAAGGAGCAAUUCCACCAAGCUGCCUCCAAGACAGAAUCACAUGUGAGGUCUCGCAACACCGACCCCGUGUGUUCUGGCCUGCAAUCGCAGAUAUUGGCCUGUUACAAGGAGAAUGGACAGCAGACUUUAAGGUGUUCAGAACUGGCCAAAGAAUACAUGCGGUGCAUCAAUACUGCAAAGAGGAACAACCUGGUCAACCACGGCUGAAGAAGAGGUAUAAAACGUUUUCUCACAAAGGCAUCAUUUUCUGUCAUCAACUUUUGUUGAAUUAUGGGACAGUUAAGUUGCUGUUAGCAUGGCUUGUUUUAAAAAAUAUCAUUUUAUACUAUUUAUUUCAAGAGUCUAUUGUCGAGUCAGCAUAUUAUUUGCAGUAUUAUCUGUUGAAAUCAUGCUAUAAUUCUGCACUGCAAAUUUUACACAGGACAAAGAAAGAGUGUUCAAAGAUGUUCAACUAUUUGUCCAAUUUAUAUUGUAAAUAUGCAUCCAAGGCUCCUUCAUGCACCGAAUGUCGAGUUCACUUUGUGUCCUAAUUUCGGCUGCUUGUGUCAAGCUAAAAAGAAGAAUGCAUGGGGACUUUUUGUUUUCAGGAUUUGUGGUUUUAUAUCUCACACAGCAGUUUUAGGUCCUCGUGGACAUGAUUUAAAUACAUCAGAGGUGUAAUGUGUUAUUUCAUUUUUAUUAAAAAAUAAUCAUGGUUUACUAUGGUGUUUG